AAAUAAAAAAAUAAAAAUAAAGAAAAAAGAAAAAAGAAAGCUCAAGUUCUAACUUCUAAGUUCCAUUGGGACUUUCUUCCCAGUUUUAGCUUUUUCGUUUUCUUUUUUAUUUUUCACAAUUUUGUUCUUUGUACGUCUCUCGACACAACCGGGGGUCGGGCGAAACCAUGGAUCGGACGCAGCUUCUGUUGGUGGGUCUACCGUUAUUCCUCUUAUGCUCCGACAUCUUCCACCUCUUUUCUCCGCCGCCGGCGAAGCCCGCCGCUCCCCACCACCACCACCACCAACACCAACACCACCGUUACCAACCAGAUUCACAGCCAAUUAUCCAACAACAGCAGCCGUCGCUUGAGUUCCCGACUCAGAAAGCUAGCGGGAUCGGUUUUGGAAACUCAAUUAGCAUCGACUUCUGUUCUUCCUGUUCUUACAGAGGAACAGCAGUCACGAUGAAGAACAUGUUAGAAAGUCAAUUUCCGGGAGUCAAUGUGGUCCUUGCAAAUUACCCUCCUCCUUUCCCCAAGCGCGUGUUAAGCAAAUUGGUGCCGAUUGUGCAGUUUGGUGUGAUCGGUAUAAUAAUUGGUGGUGAACAAAUUUUCCCGAGAUUGGGAUUUGCUGCACCCCCACAGUGGUAUUAUUCCAUGCGAGCAAAUAGAUUUGGGAGUAUGGCAAGCACUUGGCUGCUCGGAAACUUUCUUCAGUCCUUCCUGCAGAGCUCGGGUGCUUUUGAAGUGUACUGCAAUGGUGAAUUGGUAUUUUCUAAACUAAAGGAGAAAAGAUUCCCAGGGGAGAUAGAGCUCAAAGAUCUUGUUGCUAGAAGGAUUUCUAGUUCAAGAGUCACAGAUGGCAUUAAUGGAGGUCAAUGGUCCUAGAAUGUUAAGAGUCGAUUGUCAGUUUGCCAGACUCGUGAAUUUAGAAGUCGAGACCUAUUCUACACAACUAUCAUCACACUCCGACCGACCUCUUUGUUCCAAUCGACUUUUUUUUUUUUUUUUGGUUU